UUAGCCUCUGAGAAGACCAGUCGGCUUCCCAGGAGCCAGACUCAGGAGGAGAGCCGCUGAACUCGUCCCCUGGCGGCAGCGCCCCGAGAUUACCAUGGCCUCUGAGUCCAUCAUGAAGGCUCCCAUUUGUCUGGUGGAAAACCAGAAUGAGCAGCUGAUGGUGAAUCAGGAAGCAAUACAGAUUCUUGAAAAGAUUUCUCAACCUGUGGUGGUGGUGGCCAUUGUAGGGAUGUAUCGCACAGGAAAAUCCUAUCUCAUGAAUCGUCUUGCAGGACAGAACCAUGGCUUUUCUCUGGGUGCCACAGUGAGGUCUGAAACCAAAGGCAUCUGGAUGUGGUGUGUGCCCCACCCCACCAAACCAAAACACACCCUGGUCCUUCUAGACACUGAGGGUCUAGGCGAUGUGGAAAAGGGUGACCCUAAGAAUGACUCCUGGAUCUUCGCCCUGGCUGUGCUUCUGAGCAGCACCUUUGUCUACAACAGCAUGAGCACCAUCAACCACCAGGCCCUGGAACAGUUGCACUAUGUGACUGAACUAACAGAGCUAAUUAGGGCAAAAUCUAGUCCCAGCCCAGAUGACAUAGAAGACUCCACUGAAUUUGUCAGUUUCUUUCCAGACUUUAUUUGGACUGUCCGGGAUUUCACGCUGGAGUUGAAAUUAGGUGAUCAAGUAAUCACAGAAGAUGAGUACUUGGAGAGUGCCUUGAAGCUGAAUCCAGGCAAGAAUCCCAAUAUCCAAAAGUCCAACAUGCCUAGAGAGUGUAUCAGGCAUUUCUUUCCAAAACGGAAGUGCUUUGUCUUUGACCGGCCUAUAAGUGACAAAAAUCUCUUACCCCAUAUUGAACAAGUGCCAGAAGACAAAUUGGAAAAGAAUUUCCAGCUGCAAUCAAAACAAUUCUGUUCAUAUGUCUUCACUAAUGCAAAGACCAAGACCCUGAGAGGUGGAAUCAUAGUCACCGGGAAACGUCUGGGUACUCUGGUGGUGACCUACGUGGAUGCCAUCCACAGUGGAGGAGUACCUUGUCUGGAGAAUGCGGUGGCAACUCUGGCCCUGCUUGAAAACUCAGCGGCUGUGCAGAAGGCAACCAACCACUACAGUCAGCAGAUGGUCCAGCAACUGAGGCUCCCCACAGACACACUCCAGGAGCUGCUGAACUUGCACGCAGCCUGUGAGAAGGAAGCCGUUGAAAUCUUCAUGGCUCACUCCUUCAAGGAUGACAAGCGGGAGUUCCACAAAGAGCUUGUGACAACCAUAGAACAAAAGAAAGAAGACUUUGUGCUGCAGAAUGAAGAGGCAUCUGUCAAAUAUUGCCAAGCUGAGCUUGAGCGGCUUUCAAAGCCUCUGUUGGAAAGCAUUUCGAAGGGAACUUUCUCUAACCCUGGAGGACACAGUCUCUACUUAGAAGCAAAGAAAAAGGUUGAAGAGGACUAUAACCUAGUGCCCAGAAAAGGAGUUAAGGCAAACGAGGUUCUCCAGAGCUUCCUGAAGUCACAGAGAGUUAUGGAGGAAUCCAUCCUGCAGGCAGACAAAGCCCUCACUGCUGGAGAAAAGGCCAUAGCAGCGGAGCGAGCCCAGAAAGAAGCAGCUGAGAAGGAACAGGAGCUGCUAAGACAGAAACAGAAGGAGCAGCAGCAACUGAUGGAGGCUCAAGAGAGAAGUUUCCGGGAAAACAUCGCCCAGCUGAAGGAGAAAAUGGAGAGGGAAAGAGAAGAACUUGUGAGGGAGCAGGAAAAGAUGCUGGAGCACAAGCUGAAGGUCCAAGAAGAACUGCUUAUGGAAGGAUUUAAAAAGAAAUCUGAGGAAUUAAAUAGCGAGAUAGAUCGACUAAAAGAAGAGGUGGCAACAGCUAAAAAACCAUCAUGGUUUUCAGAGAUCCUUGGUGGGCUUGGCGAUAUGAUGAUUUUAGCAUUACCUGGGGCUGGUAAGCUACUUGGUGUAGGGGCAAAAUGUAUAAGCUCUCUUACUAAAUAGACUGAGUAUUCCUGGUAAGUGAAUUAUAAAAUGAGAUUUCUUUUGUUUUAAUAGCAUAAUACUAUUGCUAUUUUGGAAUUAUAUGUGUGGUAGCAGUUUCACUUGAAAAAACUUGAAAAUAAAAAGCGGCUAUCAAAGAAUGUCAGAGCCUAAAUCCACAAAAACAAACUCAAUUUUGAUUAAAUUAAUGGCUUAAAAAAUAGAGAACAAGUUAGAAGCAGUGAAGUUUUUCCUAGAAAAGGUUUAAACAAAUCAAAAAGACAAAUGGUAAGAUGAAGAAACCAUUGGCAAUUUUUAUUAUAAAUGCAGAAAUCAUAUCAGUUAUAAUUAACUCUUACCAAACAAUGAGAAGAGUAAAACUCCACUUUUUUUAAGUAGGCAAAAAUGUGGUUACUUUUACUGAUAAUAAAUUUGUGCAAGAUAAAA